AAAGCUGAGUGCUGCCUCACAGUUUCCUUCUCUGUCCUCCAGCUUCUGAACCUCGAUCUGAUGAGAUCCUGGGUCUCAGUCAUUCAAAUUGUGAAGAGAUAUGCAUUCUAUGGGAAUAUGCUCCUCUGCCCAUGAGAGACAUCAUUCUCUUCCAGUCAAGAUUUAUCAGAGUGGAUAGCAAAAGCAUAAGUUAUCUGAAAAGGCUGUGGGAAAAACUAGGAAGGACAGCAAGCUAAAUUUGGUGCGCUUUCAAACAAAUAGUGUUCCCAUAAUGAUGCAGAUAGGGAAACUUGAUUCCAGCGGUUAUGGAAAGGCAGCCUAUUUCUCUUUCAAAAUGGCAAAAGGCAGAACAACACUUUUAUUUCCAGCUGAUCACUCAAACUUUGACUUUCUACAUUUUCCAUACUCAAGAGAGUUUUGUAAAAUGGUAAAUAUUUGGUUACUCAUUCAAACUAAAGCCAAUUUAUCAUAUGUUUAUGAUCCACCCAUUGCAGUCAUAAGGGUAUUCUCUAUGUUGCUUAAAAAUACAUUAACAUGCUUUGCAAAUAUUUAAAUUAAAUGCAGACUCUCUUCUGCAGCUGUAUUCAGAUCUAUUUUUCUUAUGCCCCAAUGGAUUAUCUUUCAUGCUGUGAGUGAAUAAGGGUCAGGGGGCUACAGCUUCAAUGCAAACUCAGCACUAGCUAAUGUACUGAGUCAGUUUUAUGCACAUGCUGUAACUCAAAAAUCAGAUUCACAGAGAACAAAUUCAUUUUUCCAAAGGAUGGAGGUAUCAUUCAUGGGAGUUACGUUCUCCAUGAUAGUGCCAGCAUUAAAGCUGCAAACCACUACCUACAUUAGUUAAAAUGUUUAGUUGAGCUUAAUUUUAAAGGUGUGUGUGUACAUCAUUUUGACACCAGUCCAAUGGCAGGAAAUAAUAUGGAAUAAGGCACAGAGGAAUCAAUGUAAACUUUCUUGCAAAACACAGAGUUUUCCCCUAUGUUAGUUUUUCUGAAAGAAGAUAACAGUAUAUGCCAUUUUAACUACCUAAUCCUAUACACAUUGAUUGUCAUAUUGCUUGUGGAGAAGGAUGGUCCAAUGAGGUUCCUUACCUAUUGCAUUUCCAGUUUAUGAUUCAGGUAUAAUUUAGACAUGAAAAAUGUCUUUCCUUCACCUAAUUCAGGAGUAUAGCUCAUUGUAAAAGGGGGACAAGGUCAUUGGCAUGAGGUGAAUUUCUCCCACUCAUCUUCCUUGCAUAUUGCAUAUGUCCGAGACAGACAACUGCUCGUGUGUCUUUAUUACCUGUGGACAAGCAAGUCAUACAGAAGUGAAGAAUGUUAUACUGAAAUUAGUUUUUCAUGUGUUCAAGGUACAAAUGCUCCAUCAUCCCAUGCCUCUGUAUAUGUUGAAACAAUUUCUGCACAAUAUAUCACAUAUAUACACAUUCUCGCUCAAUUUGAACACUGUAUUCUAGAAGUCCAGGAGUCCGGAUGUUCCACAUAGGUUACUAUAUGUAUUUCUUUUCAUGUAUAUAAAAGUAAAAGAGUAUGCAAUAAAGGUGUGCCACAUUUCUGGCAAACAGAUUUCUCAACUUUCAUUUACAAUUCAUGAACUCAUCAGCAUGAAAAAUCAUUUUUUCACUUCCAGACAAGUCAGGAAUGAUAAACCAAGAAGAAACCUUGAUUUAACAUUCCAGGAUGUCAAGAGAGUGGCAAAUUAGGAGGUAUACUUUGAACAUAACAUUAAUGUGGGGCUUUUGAUAGCUACUCUGAAACAACUUCAAAAUAUAUCUGCUAAGGAAGCAUAGUAUAGGACAGUUGUGGAGACUUGGACUAUGUAACAAAAUAACACCAACUACUCAAGGCAAAGGACCAUAUGUGUCACUCAAUGCUUCCCUGGUAAUCAUAUGUUCUUACUUUAUUAUUUACUAUUCAGUUACUUUGAAUUCAUAAAAAUUACUGUUAUUUGCUAUGUGUCAAAAUUAUAUCAAUACUAUAUUGUGUUUCUAACUUCUCAACUGUUCUUCUUUCCCAUUCCAUCCACAAACAGUGCAGAGAAUAAAAGACCAGGAACACCCAUAAAUGAAUAUGUUCAAGAACAGCUAAAAGAAAUUGUCAAGAAGAUGAAAGAAAGGACAGCCGAAUAUAGAGAAAAGCUCACAGAUCCCGUGAUGUCUUCUCCUGAACCCAGUCCAACAGCCACACCCAAAAAACAACCCCCACCUCCUCCACCAAAAGAAGAAAAGAAGGAUGAAAAGAAGGAUGAAAAGAAGGAUGAAAAGAAGGAUGAAAAGAAGGAUGAAAAAAAGGAUGAAGAAAAACAGGCAGAAGAAGUCAAGCCCGAGGAAGACCAUUACUGUGACAUGCUGUGCUGUAAAUUCAAGAGGCCACCCAUGAAAGCAUAUAUGAAAAAAAUGAAGCUACCAGAAAGUAUAGAUGCUUACACAGAUCGUCGCUAUAUUGGAUGGCUGUUCGUUGUUACCAUGACUUAUAACUGGAAUUGCUGGUUCAUCCCACUGCGUUUGGCAUUCCCAGUUCAUACAGCAAGGAACAUGAUACAUUGGAUUGUUGUGGAUCUCUUAUGUGACCUCUGCUACAUCUGUGACGUGCUGGUAUUUCAGCCCAGAGUACAAUUUGUGAGAGGUGGAGAUAUAAUAACAGAUAGAGCUGAACUGAAGAAAUAUUACCGCAAUUCAUUAAAAUUUCGGCUUGAUGUGUUUUCGGUAAUACCAUUCGAUGUUUUAUAUGCUAUAUUUGGAUUUCACGCAAUAUUCAGAGCAAACCGGGUAUUUAAGCAUCUCACAUUCUUUGAAUUUAAUGACCGGUUAGAGGGAAUCAUGGAUAAAGCAUACAUCUAUAGAGUCAUUCGAACUACUGGAUACCUCUUGUUCAUCUUACAUUUGAAUGCAUGCGUAUAUUAUUGUGCCUCAGUCUAUGAAGGACUUGGCAGCACUAAAUGGGUUUAUGAUGGCAAAGGAAAUAUGUAUCUACGAAGUUAUUAUUGGGCAGUUCGAACUUUGAUUACUAUUGGUGGACUUCCAGAACCAGUAACCACAUUUGAAAUCAUUUUUCAACUUCUGAAUUUUUUCUCAGGAGUCUUUGUAUUCUCCAGUUUGAUCGGUCAGAUGCGGGAUGUCAUUGGAGCAGCAACAGCAGGGCAGAACUACUAUCGUGCCUGUAUGGAUAACACAGUCUCAUACAUGAACGUUAAUACAAUUCCAAGAAUUGUUCAGAAUCGUGUUCGAACUUGGUAUGAGUAUACAUGGGACUCCCAAGGAAUGCUGGAUGAAUCUGAAUUACUGGAACAGAUGCCAGGAAAAAUGCAUCUAGCCAUUGCUAUUGAUGUAAACUUUACCAUUGUCAGUAAAGUUGACUUGUUCAAAGGAUGUGAUGUUCAAAUGAUAUGUGAUAUGCUGUUGAGACUGAAGUCCAUAGUGUACUUACCUGGUGAUUUUGUCUGCAAAAAGGGUGAAAUUGGUCGAGAAAUGUACAUCAUUAAACAAGGCGAGGUUCAAGUACUUGGGGGCCCUGAUGGCACUAAAGUCCUGGUCACCUUGAGAGCAGGAGCUGUGUUUGGAGAGAUCAGCUUAUUAGCAGCAAGUGGAGGAAAUCGACGGACAGCAAAUGUUGUAGCCCAUGGAUUUGCUAAUCUGUUUAUUCUUGACAAGAAGACUCUGAAUGAAAUCUUGGUGCACUACCCUGAUUCUGAGAUGCUCUUGCGAAAGAAGGGAAAAGCACUCAUGAAGAAGGCAGGCAAGCCUCCUCCAGGACCUGCUCCAACUGCAAAAGGCUUUUCUCUGCUGACUCAGAAAAUAGAACCACCCAAGAUGUUCCAAGCCUUGCUUGGCGGAAAAGGAGGUGGCAUGGCUGCAAUUCUCCAGCUCAAAAGAGAACAGGAAGAAAAAGAAAGACAGGAACAAGAAAGACAAACAAAGGAAGAACAAGAAAGGAGAGAAAAAGAAGAAAAAGAAAAGGCAGAAAAAGAAAAGGCAGAAAAGGGAAAAAAUGGAAAGAUGAAAGUACAGCUUCAAACCAAACCAACAGAAGAUAAGCAACCACCUGUUCCUCAGGAUCAAGCACCUCAAACACAACCUAAGCCAGUUGCCCAGAAGGAAGAGCCAAUUGCCAGUUGCCAGCCACCGCCACCACCUCCUCCUCCCCGUCCCCCCUCUCCUCCUAAACCAAGUUUGCUGAGAGGAAUCACUGACCAGUCCCUCAUCAUUACCAUGGGACCUUCCACUGUACCUGGAGAAGGAGAAAUCCUUACUGUUGAAGUCAAAGAAAAAAAGCAAACAUAACUGGCAAAUUCUUAUGCCAUUCAUUAUAUCCUGUGCUGUGCGUCGGGGAAACUCAAUUCAGCUUUCCCAGGAUCUAAGCUUUCGUUCAUAAAAGUGCAGCCAUUUUCAGGCAGUCUCUGCAUAUUCAAGUGAAAGAUGAUUGGCGGGGCAGCACCUGAGCAGGUUCUGCCUCAGCUCGCAUAUGAAUCCAGUGAAACAGUUGAAAAGAUCUGGGAGAACACAGCUGGAGAAGGAAUCCACAAGAAUCAUGUUUUAGGAAGGCAACUGGGAUUUGAACUGCAAGGUGUUGGAUCAGCUUUUCUUGUCACAAACAGAAAAAGGACAAGGACCCCAAGAACCUUAGCUGUGUUUGUAUCAAUAGUUUCCUAUAUUACAUAAUAUUAUAAUUUUAUAAAUAAUGACUAAGAUCCUAUAUCACAUUCAUAACUACAUAAAUGUAGUUAUGAAUGACCUAAGGAAUCGAUCUCUAGAAACUACUCAUUAUGCUGUGGUUUGGGGAUUAGAGGAGGCUGGUCUUUGCCUGUGCCACAGACCUCUGUCCCUCAGGUUAAGAUGGGCUUGGGGAGUUAUUUACAAUUGUAACAAUAAAAAUACAUAGCAUAUAUGAAUAUGGAGCAAUUAAAAGUGUGUAACCCUGAGUUACUUUACCGUUUAUAACUCUAGGUGAUUUCAUUUUGAUGGUUUUUAGAUGUUCAGCAGCAAAUCCAACCCAACCCAAGACAAACUGUCAUCUGAGGCAGAGCUGGAAGUGCUGUUCCUCCCAGCAAAUCUAUGUCAAACUGAGCUAUUUUGUCACAAAUAAACCAAUUUAUUUCAGUAUCUGAUGCAGAAAACCCUCCCAGAUAAUAAAACAACAUGGAAACAAAUGACCUCUGAAGAAUAUCAGUAGAGGGGCACAUUGGUUGGCCUGCCUAUCUAUCUAUCUAUCUAUCUAUCUAUCUAUCUAUCUAUCUAUCUAUCUAUCUAUCUAUCCAGUGAAGUGGCUUCCAGCUUUUUUUAUCCAGGUUCUACUUAAGCAUUUCUAAAAUCCCUCCGUGACAUAUAAUUCUUAUUAUUGAAAACAUGAACUCCUGUUCACAUGGAGGAAGCCUAAAAGACCAUUAACUGGAUCUAAACAAGCUUCCAAAAGCCCUAGCUAGUUUGUUCAAUGGUAAGGAAUUCUGGAAGUUGGAGGCCCAAACAGUUGGGAGGGCUGGAGUUUGAGGAUGCCUGAUCUAGACUCCAAUUUCUGAACAGGAUUUUUAUAGGAAAGGGCUUGUUUUUCCACAUAAGGGAUGUUCAAUGUAUACGUAGAAUAAAAUAGUGCAUUUUAGCUUGACCUUAAAAACCAUAACAAACGUAAUGGCUCGGGGUAGCUUUGUGUGUGUUCUGGAGGGGGGGGGGGGAGGUGUCAUAUAGUUGUCCAGUUAUAGUUGGGUUGUAAUUCCCAGCACUCUUCACUAUUGACUUUUCUGGCUAGGGCUUCUGGGGAUCACAGUCCAACAAUACCCACAGAAAUAUCUGUUCUAUUUAACAUGCUGAUAGGUUUUAUUUCCCCCACAAAUCAGCUUCCUUCAUUUUUGACAAGUGGAUUCCUGGCAGUUCCUCCUUCUCAGCCCUCUCAUGCAGUGAUUCUCAACCUGUGUGAUCCCCAUAUGUUUUGGCCUUCAACUCCCAGAAAUCCUAACAACUAGUAAACUGGCUGGGAUUUCUGGGAAUUAUAGGCCAAAACUCCUGGAGACCCACAGGUUGAGAACCACUGCUCUAAUGGUAAACUCCAGGCAGCACAAAUUCUGCUGUGUUUAACAAUACUUUUUCACUAGUACCCUUGUAUAUAGGUAAGUAGUACCAUCUGUAAAAAGAAACAAAAUAAUCCCAUGAUCACUUUUUAAAAACGUAUCAGAGGAGCUGGCUAAUUUCACCUCAAAGUACUAUGCAAUGUUAAAUAGAGUACAUUCUUUUUCAGAGCCAGUUAUUUAACUUGUAGGUCAGAAAGAGAGGUCAAUUGCUUUAAUUCUCUUGAUCUAACUGGUGUGCAACAAAAUGCAAUGCAGCCUCAGAAUAAUGAGGCUGAAGAGAAGCAUCAAAAACUACUUGUUGACUAUAAUUCCCCAAAUCCCAUGGCCAGAAUUCCUGUGUAGGUUUGGUUGGAAGAAGUUCUACUUGUAUAACAUGGCUUACUCCCAAAUAACUGCACAUAGGGCUGCAAUUUAAAUCUGCCCAGAGAAUGAUCAGCAUCUGUAAUGCUAGAUGUGGACAGAUUCAGUUGACUCUAUAAAGAGAAAGUAUGCUGUUUUGCUGUGGAAGGGGCUUUUAAUUGAGCUGAAUGCUCUUCUUUCUUCUAGUGGUGUAUUUUUGAUGUUUUAAUUAUAUUAAUUUUAUCAAUGAUUGCCAGUAAUUCUUUUGAUCUGCUUGACUAGAACACUACCAGGGAAUCUUAUUUGUAAACUACUCUUUAGGUGGAUAAUGUGGUACAUUCUUUGCAAGUAAAUAAAAAUUAGUCACAAAUA